AUGGGUGUGAAGAUCAAAGAAGAAUGGAACGUGUUCACCACGGAGCGGAUCGAUGCGACAAGAUUCUAUAACAGUUGCGGUCCGAUCAAUAUUGAAUAUCCAGAAUACUUAACGAAGACGUCGUCAAUGUAUUCGGCUUAUAUGCAAGGAGACGUGGCACGAUUUGAAUGUGUUCAGUCGCACUGGAUCAAAGGUGUUAACGAAUACAAAUGCGGAAUCGUCGUUGACUACAACCGUCCAAAUGAAUAUCGCUUUGAGUGGAACAAAGGCGAACAGCCAUGGUGUCGAUCACGUGAAAAAGAGAACUUCUUCAUUUGGCUCAGUGCUAUCUUAGGAACGAUUGCUAUAAUUAUG